AUGGUCCAAGACGUUAAAUUUGGUGCCUUGGUCUACGAAUACCAAACCAUGGACGUAGUCGGCCCCUUCGACCUCAUCAACACCGCCGGCAGAGGCGCAUCCGAGUACCUCCUCACGCACAACGCAAUCUCCCCCGAAACCGUCGAAAAAGCACCCAACUUCCUCUUCUACCACAUCGGCCAAACCCUCGAGCCGUCCUUCGAAUUUCCCCAGAGCUACGUCGACUUCAUCAAGCGCCAUCACGCAGCUGGGAAAACCAUCUUCUGCACCUGUACCGGUGCAGCGGCCCUUGCGUCCACGGGGAUCCUCGAUGGGAAAAACGCCACCGUCAACAAUGUCGAGUAUAAGUGGAUUACGAACCGCUAUCCCAAGGUAAAUUGGUCGAAGGACAAGAAGUGGGUCAUCGAUGGGAACAUCUGGACUGGUGGCGGGGCAGUCGCUGGGAUGGACAUGUUUGCCCACUGGUUGGAGAAGAGCUUUGGGAAGGAUGUUAUGAUGUCGGGCGCGAAGAAUCUGGACUACGAGCCGAGGGAUAUUAAUGGCAUUGGAGGGGUUAUUCCGUUUCGAUAUGAUAAGGAGGGGAAGCAGGUUUCGACGACGGUGUUUCCGAACUAG